AUGGACUGUCAUUUAGAGAAAGCAGAGAAUACAAAAGGUAGAAAGCAAUCAGCAUCUUGUUCAAAUCUAGGCUUGCCGAUGAAGCAGAUAGAAAUUUAUCCCAAAAAAACGAGCAUUAAAUCAACAUUCAUCGUAAAUGAAGGGAAUGAAACGGAUAAUUGUAGUCGUGUGUUUCCCUUCCAAGCUACACCCAGUGGUAACCUCAAAAUCAUUCCGAAUCAGGUUGUAUUCGAGUCAAAGAAGUUCAGCGUUUUAGCUGCUGAUCCGCGACACACGAAAGUCGACGUCAAGGCUGAGCUUAAUCGAUCGGGUAACAACGUUAGCACAUCCGUUUUCGACUCUCCGAAUCAAACAAGAUACAUCGAUCUCCCGCUUGGUAUCACACCAUCAACAAUUGAUCAAUUACAGGCACAGAAAAAAUUACCACAUAUCGAAGGAAGUUAUAGACGGACGCAAUCAAGUACAAAGUUUUAUUCAUCAGAAAUGGAACAAAACCAUUCGGUACAAUCAACAUCUCAUCAACUUCCUCCAAUGAACGAAAUACCACUUGCCUCAUUGGGAUUUACGAAUGAACAACCAAUUGAUUGGAAUAAUAUAAUUCUUCCAGAAAAGAGUGAUUUGUAUCAAGAAUUAGCUAUACGCAUCACGAAUUAUAAGAAUGCUGAUUGUGUUAUUCGAAUUGAUCACGAUGAAUUUCACUGCCAUCUCCUUGUUCUGCAAAGUUACAGCACAUUUUUCGAUGAGAAAAAUUGCAAGAAUAUUGAUUUAUCUGGCAGUAGUGUGACCUCCAAGGCUUUUUCUAUUAUUUAUGACUGGAUGAUAAGUCCAAUCAACGAAAGUUGUCAGCUUUUACGAAGAGAUAAUAUAUUAGAAAUUUUCAUGGCUGCACAAUAUCUGGGUAUCAAAGAAUUAGAAGAGCAAUGUUGGGCAUUCAUUGACAAUGACGAGCUCUUCUCCGAGGAUACUGCUUUCUUACUAUAUUUGGAUGCAAAGAAAAUCGGGAAUACUGCAGUAAUGGAAUUGAUGGUGCCGAGAAUUAUGAAAUUUUUCUUGAUGCUUGUUAGCACAAAAGAUUUUUUGGAAUUGUCAAUGGACGAAUUAUGUUUACUACUGAAAUCUAAUUAUAUUUGCGUUAAUAGCGAAAUGGAAGUUUUAAUGUCUGCCGUAAGAUGGUUAAUGCAUGAUUGGAAUGAAAGAAAGCGAUAUAUGCUAGAGGUACUUAAAUGUGUUAGAUUUGGACUUAUAGCUCCGUGGCAAUUAGUAGAUGUCAAAAGAAAUCCUGAAAAUCCUGAAUUUAUGGAAUUGAUGUCUUAUCCUGAAGUACAAAAAAUGGUGGAUGAUGGCCUCGCAUUUGUUAUUAUAAAAUAUUGGUAUGGUAAUCAAACUGAAGAUUACUAUCAUUGGAUCGAUUUACUUGGACUUAGCGAACCAACUAAUCGUAACUGGGCAGGAGAAGACAAAAAUUAUGUUACGUAUCGCGAAUUUCUGUUAUAUCUUGAAGAAUAUCAAAAAACAAACAUCUCAGAACUAAAAACAAGAAAGAUUCAAACAAAACCUAUCCCUCCUAAUUUUCCUCCUAAAGAUAGCUCACUAUUAUCUCUAGAGAGAAUACGUGCAGAUUGCAAUAAAAAUCGUUGCAUAGAUUCACAUCUUUUAGAACAAUAUAACACAAUGCAAACUCAAGAACCAAAAAAAUAUGUAUCAAAAAUUACAACUUCAUCGGGUAUAGUAAUGUCACCUGAAAUCCUAACUAAUUGUCUCAGCAAUAUAGGCAAAAAUAAUAUGAGAGCGAACAAAACGCAAUACGAUGGAAAUAAAAAUAAUAAAUCUAUCAUUCGUGAUACGAAAUAUUGCGAGGCAAGUGAAUUAUCCAGAAAAUCUUUGGAAUUUUUAAAGCAUACAAAAUCUAUGUAUGAACAUCAGCAUGAGAUUCCGACGGUUAUUGAUAAAUCAAGGUACGAAGAUCGACAAGAAAAAAAUUACAAUCGCAAGCAUUGGGAACAAAAUGUUAUAUUUCCCAUAAAGAAACAACAGAAUAAAAUAAUGAAAAAAUCAAGAUGUAUAGAAAAUCAUGUCGAUUCAGCUAAAUCUGAAGAAGAAGCAGCUACUAUGAUACAAGCUACGUAUAGAGGAUAUAAAGUUAGAAGAAAAUUUGAUGAAAUUAAGAAAUCGUCUUUGGAAGAAAAACAAAAUGCUCAAAAAGUGGCUGAGCUGUUAUCUAUGUCGACGAGUCAAUGUGGAUGGUCACUUCAAAAAUCAUUACAUCCAGUUAACGUAUCCAACAAUAUUAUAAAUCAUACAAAAAACACACUACAUUAUAUGUGA